AUGGAUCCCUUAAACCAGUCUCCUCUCCCGGUGCCUUCGCGGGUUCAGCGACUACAACUCCCAGGGUGCCGCGCGCGCGCGCGCCCCCGGGAAAACUCCAUCUCCCAGCAGCCGCCGCGAGUCCGGGGCGUACAAAUAGCGGCGCGCGGCGGCCGGGGCCAGUCGGCGGCCCGGGCGGGGAGCGACUGGGCCGCGGAGGCGGAGGGGACGCGCGCUACGGUGGCCGGCAGGGGGCGGAGGGCGGCCGCGGGCCCUGCUGACACCAUGGGUGGCGGCUCGGGCGGCUCCCGGCGCCGCAGGACCGGGUCCAGGGCCUCGGGCCAGGGCGGCGGCGGCCCCGCCGGGGUGGACGAGGAGCCGCGGGACGCGGGGGACGCCCCGAUCUCCGCCCCGGCCCCGGCCCCGGCCCCGGCCGCCCACAAGGACAAGGGCGGCGGCGACUCGGACUCGGGGAGCGGCCCCUGGGACCUGAGGUGCCAUCGCCUCCAGGACUCCCUGUUUAGCUCUGACAGUGGUUUCAGCAAUUACCGUGGCAUCUUGAACUGGUGUGUGGUGAUGCUGAUCCUGAGCAAUGCGCGGUUGUUUCUGGAAAACCUCAUCAAGUACGGCAUCCUGGUGGAUCCUAUCCAGGUUCUGUCUCUGUUCCUGAAGAACCCCUACAGCUGGCCCGCCCUGUGCCUGGUCCUCGUGGCCAAUGUCUUCGCUGUGGCUGCAUUCCAGGUGGAGAAGCAUCUGGCUGUGGGGUCCCUGACAGAGCAGGCGGGGCUGCUACUGCACUCGGCCAACCUGGUCACCAUCCUCUGCUUCCCGGCGGCCGUGGCCUUCCUACUCGAGUCCAUCACGCCAGUGGGCUCCGUGCUGGCACUGAUGGUCUACACCAUCCUCUUCCUCAAGCUCUUCUCCUACCGCCAAGUCAACCUGUGGUGCCGGGAGCACAGAGCGCAAGUCAAGGGCAAGGCUGCCGCGCCCAGCAAGAAAGCCAAUGGGAGCAGCGCCCAGCAGCCCGUGAACUACCCUGACAACCUGCACUACCGAGACCUCUACUACUUUCUCUUUGCCCCCACCCUGUGCUACGAACUCAACUUUCCCCGUUCCCCUCGCAUCCGGAAGCGCUUCCUGAUGAGGAGGAUCCUAGAGAUGCUUUUCUUCACCCAGCUCCUGGUGGGGCUGAUCCAGCAGUGGAUGGUCCCCACCAUCCAGAAUUCCAUGAAGCCCUUCAAGGACAUGGACUAUUCCCGCAUCAUCGAGCGCCUCCUGAAGCUGGCGAUCCCCAACCACCUCAUCUGGCUCAUCUUCUUCUACUGGCUCUUCCACUCGUGUCUCAACGCGGUGGCCGAGCUCAUGCAGUUUGGGGACCGCGAGUUCUACCGGGACUGGUGGAACUCUGAGUCGGUCACCUACUUCUGGCAGAACUGGAACAUCCCUGUGCACAAGUGGUGUUCCAGACACUUCUAUAAGCCCAUGCUCCGGCGCGGCAGCAGCAAGUGGCUAGCCAAGAUCGGGGUGUUCCUGGCCUCGGCCUUCUUCCAUGAGUACCUGGUGAGCAUCCCGCUGCGCAUGUUCCGCCUCUGGGCCUUCACGGGCAUGAUGGCACAGAUCCCGUUGGCCUGGAUUGUGAGCCGUUUCUUCCGCGGCAACUACGGUAACGCGGCCGUGUGGCUGACGCUCAUCAUCGGGCAGCCGGUGGCCGUGCUCAUGUACGUCCAUGACUACUACGUGCUCAACUACGAAGCCCCAGAGGCAGGGGCCUGAGGUGCCGCUGCUUUUGGCCUGCAAGGCCGCUCUGCCCCUAUGGGGCACCUUCCUCACCCUGGGACACUGCCAGGAUGCAGCAUCAAUAAAGUGCUGUCCCAAGUGUCCA